ACCGAACCGGAUGGAACCGAGUUCUAAACCUUUUCGAUAGAAACCGAAUCAAAUCAAAUCAAAUCAAAUCCCUAGCAGAAAACAAGAGUUGUACAACAAAUCUCGCACUUGCUUCGAUCACUGGGUAGAUCAAGGUGGGAGACUUUGAAUAUCAAAACUCUGAUUCAGGAGAGACGAUGGAAGAACCAAUAAGAGAAGCUUCGCAACAAGUCUCUGAAGAAUUCAAAACUCUUGUUGAUGCACAAGAUCUCAAUUCUCUCAGACACUUGCAGCACCUCAUAUUGGGGAGGCUACAGGAUAGCAAUGCAGUUCUCUCCCAUUACAACGACUUUGCUGAGAGUUGCUUCGCUGAUGUGUCCUUGGAGUUCUCUAGGCACACUCGUCUUUUGAAAUCCAUGAAAGCUGAUCUUGAUUACAUCUUCUUGAAACUAAGGAGCAUUAAAAGUAAGAUUAUGGCUACGUAUCCAGACGCAUUUCCAGAUGAGUCCACUAGUGAUGCUUUUGAUCGAAGACCCGAUCUCGAGCUGCCUCAGUAACUAAAGCAUUCACAGUACUCAGAUGGGUUGCUUCUUGACAGAGAACUCCUUAGAUAUUAAGAACCUAACAGCAAAACUAAUUCAAAACUGGUCUUGUUAAGUGAACUAGUAUUAUUUUCUCGCCAUUAUCUUUAUCUUGUAUUUCAAAAUCACCAGAUGAAUGAAGCCUCUGCUUCUACAUCUAUCUAUGUUACUCAACAACUCAUGUGUUGUGUUAUUUUCUUGCGACUCUUCUAAACACAGUUCCUCUGGUCAAUGGCAUUGCUAUAGUCUAGAUUUUGUCAGAUGAAGCUCAUGUUAACCUUUUGCUUCGUGUUCUCCACCAAUUUCAUCAAAAUCCGUUAAGUGAUAAUUAAGAAUCUGAA